UAAAAAGAGAGAGAGGCUUCUGAAACCAUUGCAGAUUUGAGGAAUUCACAGGCGCAAAUUAAUAGAACGGUGAUGGCCAUCAAGAACGGCGUGACCACCACCACCCGAUCUUUGGACGGGGACAUGACUGUGGAGGAGUUCAAGGAGUGGCUGAAGAAGUUUGACACCAACAAGGACGGGAGGAUAAGCCGGGAAGAGUUGCGGAAGGCCCUCCGCAGUGUCCGCGUGCGGUUCAGUGGCUGGAAGAGCAGCCGUGGGAUCCGAUAUGCCGACACCGAUGGCGAUGGGUUCAUUGAAGAUGGGGAGAUCGACAACUUGGUGGAAUUCGCCCAGAAGAGCUUGGGUUUGAAGAUUGUGGCCUAUUAGCUCUGGGCAUAACGAACAAGACGGUAUAUGAAAAAUAAGUGUUAUUGUUGCGAUGAUAUCCACUAAUAUGAAGAAUAUUUUGGGCGGGGCUGUAGGGUCUAAGUUAUGUGUUAUUUUGUUUAUUGCACUUGUGUGAUAUGUACGUGAUCUAUGCUGGUGCAAUCGGUCGCGGGGUAAUCUGCACUACUAAUAUGCUUGAAUUUGUUUUUCUUGAUUCGGUUGUUGUUUUGGUUAUUACCAUCAUUAAUUAUCAUCAUCAUUCAUCGUCA